GAGGAAGGGAGGUAAGGAAUUCUAAAGUGUUUGAAUGAGGAUUUUUUCACCUGUAAUCACUCAGAGUCAUGCCAAUAGAACGGAAUUGAAGAGUUCCAUAACACCAACCUGGAGGAAGGCUCAGACUGUGUGUGGGGCCUCUGCCAAAAGCUAUAUCACCCCAUCUACUUCAUUUUUUAAAAUAUUUAUUUCAGUGUGCUCUAUUCAAAUAUGCACAGACCAUACGCAUUUUUAUUCAUCGGUACCGUUUUCCUUUGCAUACCUAUGCCCAAAUCUCAGGUCGACGUUGAAAGAUUGCAGAAAAUUGCCAAUUUUAUCCGCCAUAAAAAUUACUUUUCCAGUGGUAAGACCAGUAUUUUGUCGUUUUUUCCAAAUUCGAUAG